AGGCCUGCGCCGCCUUCGGCGCCCGGGUCGCCCGCGUGCCCCGCGAGGGCGGGCGGGCUCCGCCGCUGCCCGAUCUGACGGCGGUCCAGUGCGGCGCCGCGGCUGGUGCGGAGCCCGCGCGGGCUCCGCCGCGGCGGAGAGAAGCGCGCCCGCCGCGCGGCGCCGCCGUGCCGGCAGGGGCGAAGGCGAGGCAGUCCCGCUCCGCGCGUGGCGGGCCGGUGGGCGCCGAGGCCAUGCUGAGGCUGCGGCAGGAUAUCCUGAGCGGUGCCGCUGCGCGACCUCGCGGCGAGCCGGCGGAGGCGCCAGCGCCCGCGGCGGCCGCCCUCGCCCAGGCCGAGGCCCGGGGCGGCGGCGGCAGCGCGCGCUUGCAGCACGGCGGCAACCCCAUUUGGAGGGCGGUGCAGGUGGAAUUCGCCAUCCUGGCGAUGACCCUGGCCGUCCCCGCGAUCGCCCACCUGAGCUCGGCGCGGCAGCGCGAGAAGCGGCCGCGGCCCGUGGAGCGGCCGCGGGAGGGCCGCUGAGAAAAGGC